UUCCAUUUUCUCCUAUAAAACAACACUAAACAGAAACCAAAAAAAAUAAAAUAUAUAACAGAAGAGAAAAAAAAUUCUCCAUUCUUUUUUCGAUUAAUUUUAGAAUAGUAGCAAAAUUAACAUGGCUCAUGAAUCUGAGCAAUCUUUAUUGGAUCAACACAAGGAAAAACAUUUCACCGCCGGCGAGAUUGUCCGGGAUAUAAUCAUCGGAGUUUCAGAUGGACUAACGGUGCCGUUUGCAUUAGCGGCGGGUUUAUCAGGGGCAAAUGCGUCUUCUUCUAUUAUUCUUACGGCUGGAAUUGCUGAAGUUGCUGCUGGUGCUAUUUCCAUGGGACUUGGAGGUUAUUUGGCUGCAAAGAGUGAGUCUGAUCACUAUAUGAGAGAGCUUAAGAGGGAGGAAGAAGAGAUCAUCUCUGUACCUGAUACAGAAGCAGCGGAGAUUGCUGAAAUUUUGUCACAAUAUGGAAUCCAGCCACAUGAAUAUUCACCGGUGGUGAGUGCUUUGAGGAAGAAUCCACAGGCAUGGCUCAACUUUAUGAUGAAAUUUGAACUUGGUUUAGAGAAGCCGGAUCCAAGGAGAGCGCUGCAGAGUGCAUUUACCAUUGCAACUGCUUACAUCUUGGGAGGAUUUGUUCCUCUAGUUCCAUACAUGCUCAUUCCUAUUGCAAGAAAGGCUGUCGUCGCCUCUGUUGUGGUAACUAUACUGGCUUUACUAAUAUUUGGCUUUGCCAAAGGCUACUUCACUGGAAACAGGCCAUUUAGGAGUGCUUUUGAAACAGCACUAAUUGGAGCAGUUGCAUCUGCUGCUGCUUUUGGUUUGGCCAAGGCUGUUCAAGGCUAGAGAACUUGACAUUUAUGGUUUCUUGUAAUGUAGCUUUUCUUGUUUGCAUCUUUGACAAUGUAGAACUCUGCUCUUUCUCACUAGCUUUGUUUUGUCUACCAUGUCAUAUGGUACAUAUUAUGACAUUAAUUUUGAAUCGUGCUUUCUGUUAAUGUG